UCAGUGUGUGAAAAGUCAGGUUAAUGGUACGUUUUCACAUUUACGAAAGACCUUGAAGGACGUCAUCAAAAGUCUCGAAACAAUAUCGUUAUUCGUUUUAAUAGAAAACACGGAAGAAAUUUGAAGAUAAUAUUCUAUCUCGAUAAAUAUGGAUAAAGUAAUCACGGCCAUCAUGGAAGGAAUAUUUAGAAUUCUAAUUUUGAAAAACGAACGGUGUCGAGUGAAUUGGAAAAAAGGAAGAAAAAAAGAUAUAUAUAUAUAUAUAUAUAUAUAUAUAUAUAUAUAAUAUAUCAUGUAUAUAGACGUAUCUGUAUCAAAUGGAAGAUAUAAACAGACGCGCCCAUUAAGACGACAACUUUGAUGUAAUAUUAUUGUGAGGUUGUUUUUAAAUGGUCGUUUUACGCAAAGAUCAAUGGUAUUCCUACGCCAUCGUAUAGUUGUAUCAUUGCGCGUAUAGAAUACGCAUAUUUUUGUUGUGCAAUGCUUUUUGAAGGCGUUUUCUUUCGUACACCGGUCAUCGGAAGUAAAAGAUCUUGGUUUGUAUAUCUUUUAAAAAAAGAAAAUUAAACAUCGGUAAAUUUAAUUUUUCGAAGAUGUUUUCUUUGACGUACAUUCGUGCUUGUUUAUCUAUUCUUUUGGUCGAUUUCGUUCAUGGUUCAACUUUAACGGCACCACCUUUAUCAGUUUUGGUUAUUGGUUUUGAUGGUGCUUACGAUCUUUCUUUACUCGCAAACACACUUUCGGAUCAAGGUAUCGACGUGACAUUGGUUGUACCUGAAAAUAUCACUGACAAUCUUUAUGAGAAUCUUCUAGACGUCGACGUUUAUCGUUUAAAGGGAUCUCACGAAAAGUCUAUUUAUUCGGAGAAUAAUGCAUUGAAAUUCUGCGAGAAUUUAUUCAACGAUCAAGAAUUAUCGAAAAAAGUACAGGAGUUUCGAGCGGCUGUAACGUUGUUUCCUGCUUUGUGGCAUGACGGAUGCUUGUUACCAUGGAUCAAAUCAAUCGAUUCUAUACCUGUUAUAUUAACCAGAAAUUCCUAUGAAGAAAUUUACGUCUUCGAACGUAGCGGUGUGGCUUUGCCGAUUUUAAAGGAUGGUUUUUGGUCUAGAAUAUUUAACAAUCUUGCAUGGAGAUACAUAUCUUCAAACAUUGAAAGCAAUUUUGUAACGCCGGCUUUUCGUAUAGCUAAAAAACAUUUAACCGAUUUAGAGAUCAGUCAAGACGAUCUGUAUUCCGACGUACGUUUAGUAUUUUGGGGAGCGGAUAGUAUCUUACGAAUGGAGUUUGCUUCCUUGACGCAAAUGUUAGUCGAGAUCGGGUGUCAUCAUUGUAGAGGACCACAGCCUCUACCAGGAGAGUUUCAAAAGUUACUUAUUGAACAUAGACUCGGUGUCAUUGUUAUUCUUUUGGACGAAUAUUAUAAAUUAUUGAUAGAAGAGAUCGCACAGAAAUUGCCGCAGGGUAGACAGGGACAAGCGAUGGUAUGGAAAAUUCGAGAAUCGAUCUUUAACAAGGAGGACAAAUUUUCGAAAAAUCUCUAUCUAUGGGAAAACGUUGAUAGACAAGAUAUCAUAGGUAAUGGUCGAACACGUGUGGUUUUGAGUCAUUGUGCCGAUAUGGAACUUUUAGAAAUUGCCUUUCAUGGUUCUCCGGUAAUAUGUUUCCCAAGGGAUAAUCAAGAAUCUAAAAAUGCUGCACGUGCCGUCGAAUUAGGUUUCGCACAUUUGAUGGAUAUUAAUAACGAUCGAAUAUCUAUUAUUAGCGAUGAUAUCACUAUUCUCAUCGAAAUGAUUUAUGCGUCUACGCAUUAUCGUGAAAAUGCUAGAAAAAUUUCUGUAGCUAUACGUGACAGAUUAAAUCCAGCAUCGGAUAGAUUGGUUUAUUGGCUUCGUUACAUCGCCAGGACUAAAGAUGAUCAGAAAAGGUUACUCGUUGCGCCUUCGCACGUAAAUACUUUCUACGAGGAUUUCCAAUUCUUUGUUGGUCUUUGCACGGGUGUCAUACUGGGUGUUUUAUUUGCUGGCAUUGGUUUCUUAUUCCGAUAUAUUAUAAUGUCGGAAAAAAUGCGGAAAUCAAAGGGAAGAUAUCAACGUUAAUAUAUAUAUAUAUAUCUUUUUAUCGUAAGUGUACAUACAUAUACAAAUGUUACGAACUAUGGUAUAUCUCAUUUCUAAUAGAGAGAGAGGCCUAAUCAUAUUUACGAGAAGUUAUUUAAUUAGUGCUUUUGGAAAAGCUAAGAAUAUAAUGUAAUAUAUUAUCAUAAGGAAAAAUAAAUUAUACAAAUUUCUCAAUACUGCGGCUCUGUGUGACGUACGCGCAAUAACGAGUUUCUCGUUAUUCUGUCUACGCGUCUUAUCAUAGAGUCUUACAAACAUACGGACGAAUAGAGAUAAACGAAAAUGAAUAAAACGAAGUCCCAGAGGCUGUAUAUAUAAAAAGAUGCUUUCGAUUCGAUGUGGAAAAAUGAUCGAUGAUACAAACGAACUAUAAGAAGGUAUCCAUCACAAAAAGUGUACAUCUACCUUUAUCCUGUCUUACAUCUAAUGUAAAGCUUAUCAAUCACUUGAAAUAACAUGUAAGAUCAAAAAUGUUUCCAAUAAUUUUCAACAAAAAAUUAAUGAUCUACAAGAAUUAGAAAUUGUCAAUGAUUGGAGAAACUAAUUAGCACGAAUAAAUAUAGAUUUUCAAUUUGAA